CCAAAGGCGCAGCAAACGAAAAAAAGCGUCCCCCCCGCACGGCGGUGUCCCAUACAAUCGUUUGCUGUCGAUGCGUGCGCUGAAAGAGCGAGGCGGCACGCUGCGGGACAACCUGCGGCAGAGAUGGGCUGAGAGAAAGCAGGCCUGCUCGGGCGCGGCCUGUCUGCCCAUGCGGCCCGCGAUGCUGGACGAUGGCGACUCCUGGAUGGGGUCUGACGUGUUGGAAGAGGCCAAGGGAUGCGAUCGCCUCGACGCGCUGCUCGCCAGGCCGAUUGCAGAGGUGAGGCGAUAGAUGGGCGGCACAGAGGGUCUAAGACACACACACAAGGCGGCUGGGGCCGGGGGAGUGAGGCAGACAGGCAGAGAGGCAGGGGUGCAUUCUAACGGCUGUGUGUGACUCGAUGUGACAAUCACGUGUGUGCGCGCGUCUGUGUGUCAGGUCAUCGAUGAUUCCAAUCCGUCCCUCCUCAUGCUGGAAGAGACCGCCACCUUCCAGGACCUCACACGCGCCCUCAUCCCCCUCCCACCACCGCCCCCUCCCAAUCCACCCGGUGGACCCACACACAACCACAACCACCCCUCCGACGUCACACCAAAGGGAAGGAGCCUUUCCCUGCCAGGCAUGAACCUCAAGGCGCCGAGGCAGCUGGCCCACCUGCUGACCAAGAAUGUGACCAAGAAGCUGGUCAAGGGCUGGAGGUACCUCAAGAAGGGGCCUGCAGCGGGCGCUAGGAUGGAGGCGAUGGGCAGGGGGGGCUGUGGCGACGGAGGCAGUGGUGGUAUGGCAGAGGGCGCGGUGAUUGUCCAUCGGCGGCGGAAGUGGUGUGGGCUGAUGCGCGCGCCGCCCCACUACUCGUAUGUCGAGCUGCAGGUGCGCGGAUCUUAAGGAGAGGCAAACGGUGUACGGGGCUCAUGGUGUGUGUGUGUGUGUGUGUGUUGUGGCAGGACAUCAUACGUUCCGUCAAUCAGAUCGCCCGAGUGCAGCAGGAGCUGCCGGAUGGGGUGAGUGAGCAACAGAGUGGGAAGGGGGAAGACACAUCAGGCAGGCAGGCAGGCGGCCGUGGCAACGAUCUGAUCUCUCUUGCCGUCUUGCUCGCUCAUGUCAGUCGAUGGACAUGGUGCUUCGAGCUGCCGAGCAGCAGCCGCUGUCCACUCUCACUGGUGAGUGAGUCCUGCGACGCGAUGACACGUUCGUUGUGUGCCUGUCCUGUGUUGAUGUGUGCCUGUGUUGAUGUGUGUGAACGUGAUGUGGUGUGAUGCAGAUGUGAUGGACAUGACGGGGCUGAGCACCGUUGGCCGCCACCAGGUCACCGACACGCUCGGGCAGAUCCUCCAGGCCUUCCAAAACAGCCCAAACACCUCACUGUAAGCCACCUGACAGACGCAGACAGAGGAACCGCCAGACGGAUCCCUCCCUCUCUGUCUGUCUGUCUGUCUGUCUGUCAGGGUGUUGCUGCUGUUCGACGGUCGGCGUCUGGUGCGUGUGUUGCGGCCCCACGACCUGCUCAUGUACCUCCAGGUCGACAGCACGCACACACAACACACGAGGGAAGACGUAUCGUUUGUCCUUCUGUCUGUCUGUCUGUCUGUCUGCUUCAGCGCCUCGAUGUCCUGCAAGGUGUGGGCGAGAACAAGGUGAGGCUGGCCACUCACUGACAGGAAGAGAUGGAUAGCCUAGACGCCCGUGAAAUCUGUGUGUCGUUGGUCAGAUGUUGCCCGUCAACCUGCCCCACCGUCCAGUAGUUUCGCUCGUCGAGACGGCGACACUCUUCCAGGCAUGGCAGGCACACACAUCCCAGUCACUUUGCAUAAUGCGAAGUCGGACAUUCCGUCCUUUUUCCCCGUGUGUGGGUGUGCAGGGCAUGUGUGUGUUGGAGCGUGAGCGUCUGCCUGCGGUGCCGAUCGUCAGCCUCGAGAGCCCCACAGACAUCAUCGACAUACUCGCUGCCAACGACUUCAGAGUACGGAGCCCACACAGCACAGCACCACGCUCUCUGCCCCAUGCUCACAUCCAUCCCUGUGCCCGUGUGUUUGUGUCUUGUGUGUGUCUUGCCUUGCAGUAUCUGUUUCUGGCCCGCGACGCCUACCCCGACACCGACAUCAUGCAGUCGCCCGCACUCCACUUCGUGCGCUUCGUCAGAACUCAAAAGAACAACGGCACUGAGGUGCGCUGCUCCUCUCUGGCAACACCCACACCCACACCCACACACACGCCAGACACGCAAUCUCUCCUGCCUCCUUGUGUGUGGGUGUCUUCUGCAGAUCCCUCACGCGCGCCAUAUGCCCCGGCCGCCCGAGACCAACCCCGCGCCGUUCUUCGCGGCUCUGCUGGAGGACCCCCCACAGGAGAACGCCUGUCUGCUCAUCACCGACGGGGAGGGCGACGUGACGGCCACCCUGACCGUGUUCGACAUCCUGCAGUCGCUGGCGUCGCUGCUGCAUGAGAUCCAUCACUACGGCGGCGAGUGCAUCGACGGCUCCGUCAUGGGUGAGGAGCUCCUCGCGAGCGCCACGGUCGUGGUCGACCGGGAGAAGGUGCGCGAGCAGGGCCACCAGCAGCAGCAGCAGCAUCAGGAUCAUCAGCCACAUGUGGGUGGUGGAGAGGGCGGGGUGGGCGGGAUACUCGGGAUGCCUUUGGUGGGCGAUGACGACGACAAGUCCGCACGCUCGUCGCUCUCCAACUUCUCCACUGGUGAGAUACGCACUCCUCUGUGCGCUCAGCAGUGGGACACGGUGAAUGGCUGGCUGGUCCUUGUGCUGUGUGUCCAGGUUUGUCUGACAUGAGCGCCCUGUGGCAGCGCGCCCUCAAGAAGCGCCUCCGCGCCCCCAAGACCGAGUCUGGCGGGUCCGUGCAUAACAGCCUGGCCGGUGGUGCCCCCUCCCGCAUCCCAUCGCCCUCCCCCGCACAGUCACCCACCACCCACCACGCCAAUGCCAGCCCCCUCCCGCCACUACCGCCACUCGCCAAUAAGAAGCCGAAAGAGGACAAGGCACCAGUGGCACAGCAGCAGGAGGCAGUCGUCACCAGUGAGCAGCAGCCGCAACACCAACAGCAGCAGGUGGUCCCCCAGCAGCCGAUGGAGCAGCAACAAGAAGAGCAGCAGCAGCAGCAGCAGGAGGAGGACCAGCAGCAGCAGGAGGCCCCCGCCGGCGGCGUCGAUGACGACGACACCACUGCCACAGGGACGCCAUCUGACGGCAAUGCUGUCGACCCAUCAAGUGUGCAGAAGGACGAGUUUUACCCCGGCGACGGCCGCGUGCUGCUCGAGGCCUGUCUGGAGCUCCGUAUGCGCGUCGAGGAGAACGCCCGCAAGCUGCAGGAGAAGAUGGAGGCCGACAGGCAGAAGAAGCUCGAGGCCCGUGGCGCGCGCAAGGCGGCGCGCAAGGCCACCCCCAUCGAGUGCGGCGCCGUCUACCCGUCGGAGGGCGACCGUUCCAACCCCACCACGCAGACCAAGUUCUCCACAGGCCUCAGCAACAUGUCGGCUCUGUGGAACAACGCCGUCAAGAAAAAGAGCCUUCGCGGAAAGACCAUCGCCGAGGAGCAGGAAGAUGCCGCCUCUCUGGGUCUCGCCGAGGUGCAGAUGCUGGCCAACGAUGCGGCAGCGGUGGGCAUCAAGUGUGCGGGCGACAACGCCAAUGCAGCCCUGCUGCAGCCGCUGUGUCUGGAGCUGCUCAACAACCGGCCGGCGUCGCUGCCCCCCGUGGCCCUGUCGGUGAUGAGCCCAUUCGACGAGACCGGCAAGAACUCCCAGUCCAUCAAGAAGGGGGGCGGUCGGGGCUUCACCAUCGGCACCACACCGGGCAAUCGCACGCCGUCGUUCGUCGACCAGGUGGCGGAGUCGCUGGCGUCACUCGAGUACUCGGCCAGCACGGCCUCGGAGCAGCAGAAGCCCCACCGCAUCCGUGACGCCAAGACGGACCCCGACUCGUCCAGCCUCUCGACGACGAUGUCGCACAUGCGCACCGCCACCCUGCCCCCGCCCAUGACCAGCACCUACUCCAGCACGCCCCUCCCCUCCCUCCCCCCGUCGCUCCCCGCCAUCUCACAGAAGCAGACGUCACGACGGGCCAGGCUGAAGCGAGGCGGCGUCAAGGAGUACAACGGGCCUCUCUCGCUCAACUUUUUCUACAAGGGCGUGUUCCGUCUGCUGCUCGGCCAGCAGCCGGGCGAGCGCUCCAAGACAGCCCUCACGGCCGCGUCGACCAGCCAGGAGAGCAUCAAGGACGGACCGACACCGGCACCGAACUCUCACAAGGAGCUCCCGCCGCUUCCGCAGCUGCCCAUCCCCCUGACACACCGCACCAUGGCGGAUGGCGGGGAGAGGGGUGGCAUCCCGCUGCACUCGUCCGGGUGCCUCUCUGACCGCGGCGUCAAGACCCCCCACUGCACCAACACCCAGGAGCAGGAGGAGCAGCAUCAUGCCGAGGACAACGAGAGCUCGAGCGAGGGGGAGUGUGAUGGCGAGGACGACACGGACACCGGGCCCCUGAUGCUGCCCCUCAACGUCGACCACACCGCCCUGCCCAUCAGCUUCCCCCCGCCCCUCUCCCCGGCUGUGCGAUCUUCAUGGAGCUCGGCCCCGACGGACAUCAGCGACGAGCCCAAGAUGCGGCGGAACCGGUCGAUGCGGAAGUGGCUGCGCAAACAGAGGGGCGAGCCCGAUGACGACGAUGACGCCAUGAGCGACGACUCGGACGCCAGCACGCCCUCGUCUUUGCACUCGGCGGUGCUUCUGGAGGUGGCCAAGGACCCCCACCUGCUGCUGCAGUGGUGCAUGGAGCAGCAGAUCUACCCCUCAUGGUUCCCCAGGCGCCAGCACGGCCACCACGGCACGCGCAACGCGACCAAGCGGCAGGACAAGAGAUUCGUGCCCGAGAUGACGGCCGGUGAGGGGCCGCAGGUGUCUGCCGACGGGCCGCAGAUCCCCACGCGCAUCGACCUCAGCGAGGACAGCAUCUACAGCGGUGGGGCGAGCGCCGACAUCAUCGACAACGAGUCCAUCUUCCUCCCCAGCAACCGCAACUGCCACGUGCCGCCGCAGCAGCAGCUGCCCAUUGCGCCGGCAGGCCAGUUCGGGGACGCCAUGAGCGAUGUGGAGGGCAGUGCCGUCGAGAGCGGCUCGCUGCACUCGCAUGAGGGGCCGGUUGCAUCACGGUACUACCUGGACGUGGCUGAGCAGAAGGGUGCGGGGAUGGGAGGGCUGGGGAUGGGCAUGAUGAUGCCCCUGUUUGAGCCCUCCUCGCCGCCCUACUCGAUGCACCGCGUUGACCGGGACCAUUCGCCGCGGCUGGUGGGGGUGCUGGAUGGCUAUGUGCUGUGAGCCGCAUGGUGUGGUUCGGUGGGCUCGGUGUUUGGUGGGUGGGGUGGGUCGGCUGGUUGUGGUGUGGUGUGGUGUGUGACCGGCUGUGGUGGGUGUUGUGGUGCGUAUGUUCAGAAGAGAAACUCUUUACGACUGACUGACUGACUGACUCAGUGUCUGUCCAUUCUUCACCUCGUGGCAUAACUUUUUACGUACACACAUCACAUGCAUUGCAUUCGUGUACGUGUGUAUGUGUAGGCCUAUAUGUCGUCGUUCUAUGGCUGGAUGGAUGGAUGGAUAAAUGGUGUUUGUUUCUUACAUCUGUUUGUCUCUGUGUGUCUGUCGGUUUCCCUGGCCAUCCAUCAUCAGGCUCCCGUGCCG